AUGUACUAUCUACAUCUAAAUAUUCACUGUCCCUUUGUUCUGUUUGUAGCAAGAGGAAGUGUCAGACUGCCCCGGGUCAGACUGUCCCGGGCCAGACUGUCCCGGGCCAGACUGUCCCGAGCCAGACUGUCCCGGGCCAGACUGUCCCAGGGUUUCUUCUUCUUCUUCUUCACCACCAGGGUUUCUUCUUCUUCUUCUUCACCACCAGGGUUCCUUCUUCUUCUUCUUCACCACCAGGGUUCCUUCUUCUUCUUCUUCACCACCAGGGUUCCUUCUUCUUCUUCUUCACCACCAGGGUUCCUUCUUCUUCACCACCAGGGGUCCUUCUUCUUCACCACCAGGGUUCCUUCUUCUUCUUCACCACCAGGGGUCCUUCUUCUUCUUCACCAACAGGGCUUCUUCUUCUUCUUCACCACCAGGGGUCCUUCUUCUCCUUCUUCACCACCAGUAAUCCUCCUUCACCAUCAGGGUUUCUUCUUCCUUGUUCUUCUUCAGCACCGGGAUUCAUUCUUCUUCUUCUUCUUCAGCACCGGGAUUCAUUCUUCUUCUUCUUCUUCACCACCAGGAUUCAUUCUUCCUCUUCUUCACCAUCAGGGUUUCUUCUUCUUCACCACCAGGGUUUCUCCUUCACCACUGGGAUUCAUUCUUCUUCUUCUUCACCACCAGGGUUCCUUCUUCUUCUUCUUCACCACCAGGGUUCCUUCUUCUUCUUCUUCACCACCAGGGUUCCUUCUUCUUCUUCACCACCAGGGUUCCUUCUUCUUCUUCAGGGUGCUUUUUGGCUCGUCCCAAUUCUUAGAGACCUCAACAGGUCCCUCCAAUAGGGAGUUGUUGAUAUUUUCCCUGAGAAAUAGGAGGGCAUGGAUCGAGGGGACUCCAUGGAUCUAG